AUAAGUACAUUUUUUAUCAAUUUUGUGAGGGAUUUACUCUUGUAAAAACUUCACAAGCCCGCCUGUCUUUCCUUAAAUCCGGCCCUGCGUUCCGUAAUACACGUAUCUUUAAUUGUUUCAUUGCAAAUUAGUAUUUCAUUGAAGUUGGUAGUGCAGCGAUGUAUCAAGUGAAGGAUAAAGUCGUUCUCAUCACUGGAGGAGCUGCUGGUAUUGGCAGGGAGCUCGUCAGGGCUUUUCUUACUGAAGGGGCUAAGCAUAUAGCAGUGUUAGAUUUGGACAUCAAUAAUGGGCGAGAUUUAGAGGAAGAGUUAACCUCAAAACAUGGGCCUAGUAAAAUUAAAUUCUACAAGUGUGACGUCACUAGUGAAGAUCUUAACAAAUGCUAUGAUAGUGUUGUGAGAGAUGUGGAUUAUAUUGAUGUAGUUAUCAACUGCGCUGGUAUACUUAAUGAUAGUCCAAAGGUUUAUUUGAAGGCGAUAGCGGUAAAUGUGACAGCCUUAAUAUCAAGUUCGAUGAAGGCAUAUGGCCUGAUGCGUAAGGAUAAAGGCGGUAGAGGAGGCACAAUCAUCAAUAUUUCUUCAAUAAUGGGCCUCCUACAAUCCGGAUUCUUGCCUAUAUAUUCGGCCACUAAAACUGCUGUUCUGCAAUUCAGCAAUGGACUUGGGAUGGACAUAAACUACAGCCGCUCUGACGUUCGAGUUGUGACAGUAUGCUUUGGAUGCACAUACACUAGUUUGCUAGAACGAGGCAAGAUGGCGGGCGUAGACGAAGAUGUGGACGAUGACAUGUUUACCGCCUUGGAGCGGUUGCCUCACCAGACAGUUGAAUCAGCUGCGCGUGGUUUCAUGGAGGCUUUCAAAAUGGCCUCCAGUGGAAGUACAUGGUUGGUGACUUCAAACAAACCAGCGAAGGAUAUCACAUCUGAUGUCAAAGAAGGCUUUAACAUAACAAGCAGAUCAAUAUUUCAGUGAAAUUAAAAAAAAAAAACAAUAUAAUAUUAUGUUACCA